UUCCGCCAGCGGUUUCCGGUCCGCCGUGCGCCUGCGCUGCGCUCCUUACCCCUCCCCCCCUUCUGUGCCGGUGUCCUGGCCUCAGGGCAAGUCGCUAGCGGCGCCCCUCCCCCGGUGAGGUGACUGAGAGGGACGUGCUCCGGCAGCGAUGGAGAUGCCGGAUAUUGUGAGGCAAAAUAAAAUUGCGGAACUGAAGAACUUCCUCUGUUCUUCUAAGUUACAAAAUAAUCCUACUUCAGCAAGUCCUGGUUUUGAAGCAAAUGGUAAUCAGCCUGUCUACCCAAACUCCCUUCUUCCAGUGAAGUCAGUCCAACACAGACCAGAGGUGGUGAGCAGUCAGCCUCUCGCCAUAGUAGAUAACGGCAAAAAGAAAAAGAAAAAAAGGAGGACCAGAGCCACAGACCAUCUCCCGGGGAAGUUUGAAGACUUGUACAAGCUGACUGCUGAGCUCCUUGGUGAGGGAGCAUAUGCCAAGGUUCAAGGUGCUGUUAGUCUGCAAAAUGGGCAAGAAUAUGCAGUAAAAAUAAUUGAGAAAAACACCGGACACAGUCGAAGUCGUGUUUUUCGUGAAGUAGAAACAUUGUAUCAAUGUCAGGGUAACAAGAACAUUUUGGAGUUAAUAGAAUUUUUUGAAGAUGACACAAGGUAUUACCUUGUCUUUGAGAAAUUGCGAGGAGGUUCGAUCCUAGCCCACAUACAAAAGCGAAAGCACUUUAAUGAACGGGAAGCCAGCAGGGUGGUAAGAGACAUUGCGUCUGCUCUGGAUUUUCUGCAUACUAAAGGCAUUGCACAUAGGGAUCUGAAGCCUGAAAACAUAUUGUGUGAAUCUCCAGAAAAGGUGUCACCAGUGAAAAUAUGUGACUUUGACCUUGGUAGUGGAGUGAAACUCAACAGUGCAUGUACUCCAAUAACUACUCCUGAAUUAACUACUCCAUGUGGUUCUGCGGAAUACAUGGCACCAGAGGUGGUCGAAGUCUUCACAGAGGAGGCCACGUUCUACGACAAGCGCUGUGAUCUGUGGAGUCUGGGUGUGAUUUUGUAUAUCAUGCUCAGUGGCUAUCCCCCUUUUGUGGGGAACUGUGGCACAGACUGUGGCUGGGACAGGGGAGAAGUCUGCAGAGUCUGUCAGAAUAAGCUCUUUGAGAGUAUCCAGGAAGGCAAGUAUGAGUUUCCGGACAAGGACUGGUCUCAUAUAUCCAAUGAUGCCAAAGAUCUCAUCUCAAAGUUGCUAGUUCGUGAUGCCAAGGCAAGACUUGGUGCUGGUCAGGUUCUUCGGCAUGUAUGGCUGCAAGGGCAGGCUCCUGAAAGGGGAUUACCCACGCCACAAGUUCUUCAAAGAAGGAACAGCAGCACGAAAGACCUGACACUUUUUGCGGCAGAGGCCAUUGCCCUUAACCGUCAGCUGUCACAGCACGAGAAUGAGCUGGAUGAAGAGCAAGAGAACAUUGCUCAGGCCAUGUGUUCCAUGAAGCUUUCUCCCCCAUCCAAAUCCCGCUUAGCCAAACGCAGAGCAAUGACCCAAGCCACCAAAAAUGGUGACUUCCAACCAGUCACUCAUGCAGCCCUUUGACAUGCUGACCCUGCUAUAGGUUCUAAUGGGAUUGGUCAGCUUUACUUCAUGUAUUUUUAAAGUCUAAUAGACAUCAAGGUUUAAUGACUUAGUAGGAAGCUCAUUUAUAAAGGGACUUAUACCUUUAAAUGGAUAUAUUUUGUAGGAAUGUUUGUGCUUGACGGAUUUGGUUGAUUAGGACAAUUUAAUCGAAAUUCUUUUUAAACUAAAGAAAGCAGGGUUGCUGCUUUGUUACCAGAGAUGAUAAACCACUAAGCUUUCCUUGUUUCUCUUAAAAGAGCCCACUUUAAAAUGUAGACUUGAGGACAUUUGGAAAAGUUCUUCUCUUGCUUUGCAUGUCAGAGCACAAAGGCUUUCUAACCCCAACUCAACCACCCUUGUGUAGGAAACCAUGGUGCUGCUCCUUUGGAGCCUCUUGGUGCUGCUGCUUUCAUCAGCUGGAGCUGCUGCUAAUGACCUACUCCGUACACUUCUUUCAACCCACCAAAAGGCCGUGAGUGCCCCUUGUCCUUCACACCUACUGACUCAGGAAGUGCAGAGGAUUCUUAAGGCUGGACCCUGCAAUUUGAUGAGCACUCUCCACUCCCAUUGGCUUCAGUUGGAGAUAAGCACAUCCUGCAAGAUGCUGAGGAUGCUCAAGCAUGUAACUGGCUCAGGGCCUUGGAAAUGAACCAAAUGCCGGGAAGUAGAUUUUCAUCUUUUGAGGGGGAGGUUUAGGCAAGCAUGUGGACCCCGAACAUUGUUUUAUUUCUAUACCAGACACCUCUUUAUAUUCUCAUAACUAGAAUGUACUCAGACUUACCUCUGUUUUAAUACAUUAAAUUCCACCUUUUCUUGCCAGUGACAUUCUUAAAUCUGUAAAAGCAGCAAAGAAUCCUGUGGCACCUUAUAGACUAACAGAUGUUUUGGAGCAUGAGCUUUCAUGGG